AUGGAAACAUUGGAUUCUGGACAUGCCGGCGGAACUCCGAUUUCACAACCGCAGUCACAACAGCGAAUUACUUUGGGAAAUCUUCAUUUUCAACAAGAUCCAAAUGACCCACAGAAAUGGAUCAUUACAAAUGAUUCUGCUGCCACAACACCAAGUCAGCCAUCGAACCAUUCCAACAAUCAGUCAUCCAGAAUGACCGGCGGUGAGUCAAGUACCGAGACGAUGUGCAUGUACCUGUCCAAACUGCCAAAACGCCAGUACCCCGAGAUCGUGAGUGUUUACAGCUACGGUGAUGGCAAACAACGACUUCACAUCUGCCACAUUUGCCAAAAAACUUAUGGAAAGACAUCACAUUUAAGGGCUCAUCUGCGUGGACACGCCGGUAACAAACCUUUCGCAUGCGAUUGGCAGCAUUGCACCAAGCGUUUUACAAGGUAAUU